UACCGUGCAACAGCUGUUAUUGGAGUGGCUAAAGAUACUAUCAUAUUAUUAUCUAUAAUCAGAAUAAUAUAAAAGCCUCGAGUUCAAUAUUAUUAAGCAUUAAUUGUUAUUACGAUUUUGGGCUUCGGCAAUUGGCAUUUGCCAAUUUGCCAUUCCAUUGGCACGUCAGGCGCCACGUCGACGCUGACAAUUUCCUGUCGAUCAGUCACAAAUGCAUUAUAUUAAAAAAGUACAAAAUUAAAAGAAAAGGGAUUCGGUAAUAACACGGCCGCCGAAGCGAUACGAAUAAUCAUGUAAACAUAGUAAACAAUAAUCACCCGGCAUCAUGCGGAUGCAGACUAUCGGACUAUUCGGACUGCAAAAAGCAAUACGUUAUAACAAUAAGUACAUUUUAUGACUAAUGACUUUCCUAUGUUAAUUUUUGGUGAUAAAACUUGUACGUGUUAAUGUUUAUAAUUUUAUCCUUCUAUAGUUCUAUAUUAUGGUAUUAAGUUUAAUAGUAAUCUAAAUUGGGUACUGGUACAAAUUUACAUUCUAUAAUUUAAUCGCACAAGCCGCUACUGUCAAAUCUAGUUCUAAAAAGAUGAUAAUGUGCUUGUGUGUCAACUUAUAUUCGUUCAGUACGUUGUUUCUUAUCACAGACUUCAACAACUCUAUAGAUGAAACUAUAGUUGAUGACUUAAAAAAUAUAAAUCUUUGAUCUGAUAUAUAAUAUUGUGUCGAAUGAGACUUGUUUCAUCGCUUGCUUCUUAUUGUAUUUCUACCAGAUUAUCAAUCUGAUUCAGGAUUUUCAACUAACCUUAAAUAGAAAUUAAACAUACAACUGUCGUAUUCUCCGAUUACUCGGACGUAUACCAAAAUAAAGUAAAACCAAAAAUGAUGUGAAAUACUUUAUUUGAACGCGACGUCCAGUGUUGAUCGAGUCACACGAUCACCACCACUGACCCCCUUGCUGCCUUAACCAUAUCUCUUAUAUACUAAAUUUACAAUUGAGUAACUAUCGAUUGUUACAUCUUUCUCUUACUAUACUAAUUACAUUUCAUACACCUUAACUUACGUACUUAUUAUUUUAACCCGAUUAAUAACAAAUUUUAUUUACAUUUCUUACUACCAUGUUUUGAUUACUAUGCUAACUAAAAUAUAAAAGUUUAUCAACACUAUAUUUCACAAUUGUUAUCUUAACCUAUUUAAAUUCUUUUUUUCUAUUAUUGCUUAAUAAUUAUGGAAAUUCAUUAAAUCAUAAUACAACACUACCAACUUCUUAUUUUUUAUCACUAUGGUUAAAAUUUAAAAAAAUAUUAUGUUAGUUUCAAAUAUUUAAUGAUGAUAUUGAUUAUUUGUUUAAGAGCUGAAGAUACUCCAUAAAUAACAAUUAUAAAAUAUUUGUAGUCGAGGUUCAUUGUAGUAAGGUAUAGAUGUAUAGUCAUGAAGUUUCAGAAAUGGCAGAAUCUGAACUACUCAGGAAUUCAAAUGCAGCACGGCCAGUUAAAAGAAGAGAGAAUGAUAUUGAUGAACUACCAGUUGUAUUUGAUGUUGAUGAAAACCCUAAACCAAGGCCAUCAAGUAUAAAAAAAAUAAAAGUUCCAACUACCAGUAAUACACCACAGAGUUCAGAUGUACAGAAAUACAGAAUACCUACAGGCCUACAGAGAUCAUAUCAUGGAGUUGCUUACCAAGUGCAGUGGAUGAUGGUAGUUGCACUCGAAGCUCAGGCGAGAACAAAAGAUGAAAGUGGUACUUUUGAAUUUAAAACAAAAGAUUUUAAAACAGAAGACCCUGAUGCUGGAAAGUUUGAUGAUUUGGUUUGGAGAUAUGAAACUGAUCAGCCAAAUUUAUAUGAGUGUAAUUUUUUACAAGCCAAACAUAUAUUAAAUAAAGAAAAAAAAAUUACUCUUGAACAGUUACUCGGACCCAAACAAAAAAAAAACUCCCUAAACUCAAAUAAAAAAGACAAACGUCCAUUUGCCUUAGAAAAAUACUUUCUUUCAUACAGAGAUGAAUUAAAGAUAAAAUAUAUUCAAAAUGGUAAAAUAAAUAAACUAAUUAUUGCUACAAAUAUUGAUUUUGAUGAUGAUCUGAAAAGUAGUUUUGAUCAACUACAAGAUGAUAUUCCAAUCUUAGAUUUUAUACAAAAAGAGACUGGAAAUUUGAAAUUUAAAAAAGGUAAUUUUCCUCAUCAGAAAAUAAUAAAGGAGCAACUAAAAAAUACUUAUGAUUUAAUUAAGAUAGCAAUGGAUUUGGGAAAGUGUGUACUAACCAAUGAACCUUUAAAAAAAGAUAGCACUCUUAUCAGCUAUUGGAGUGUUUUAGAAAAAAAUAGAGUAAUUGAACCUUCUAGAAAAUUUCAUUCUCAUUUUAUCAAAAAUCAUCAAAAUUUGUCUAAAGAAGCAAAACAACUGAGAGUGGCUUUUUUUCAAGAAGCAUUUACUAAUACGAGAGAGUCUUUAGGUUUUAAUGUUAAUUAUGAAAUAUCUAACCCUAAAGAACUUGCUGAACAAAUUGCCUCAAAAAUUAUUCAAUCAUAUAAGGAUUCCAAAAAUAAUGUUACUAUUUAUACAUCACAAAAAGUACAAGAUAAUUGUAUUAAUGAUCUGGCAGGGUAUGUUCUCAUUGAGAAAAAUGGUGGAGUGCGAUUCAAUUCUAAGUUUUGGGCAUUAAAAGAUAAUGAACUACCAAGUGAUAGUUUAAAAACUUUUAGAGACGAGCUAAAAUUUCAAUUCGAAUCUCAAAUUAAAAAUACAAAAAGUCAUAAAUUAAAAACUUUAAAAAAAGAACAAUUAGAUGUCAUUAUUAAUAAAUUCAAAGAAUAUGAGUUUAAUAUUGGCAAUAAAGAUAAUUUUAAGACCUGUAAAGAAAUGUUAGGAGAUAAAGAUUCUUUUUGGAUAAGUGUAGCAAACUUUGAAUUUAAUGAUUUUGAACGACCUAACCUUGAUCAAUCAUUUUCUAAAUUACCAAGUCAUGAAUUAAAGGACAUAGAAAAAGAUAUAAACAAUUUUUUUAAUCAAUUAGUAUUUGUAACUAAUUGUUCUCAAGAGAUGUUAAAUGAAUUUAUCAAAAAAAAAUGUUCUUGGUUUGUAGGAUUUGAAACUGAUUACGUUGCGUUUGAGUUUCAAUCCAAAAUAGCUGAUGCUUUAAACUUUAAAGCAAAAGAAUUUAUUUCAACAGCUGAAGAUGUUUCACAAUUUUUUGAUAAUGCUAAACAACAAAUUGCUCGACUAAUACUUAUUGGUCCUAGUUUAGUAUACCGUGCAGAAAUUAAAAAAUAUGAUAUAAUUUUUAAAGAAAAUGCAAUGGUAUUGAAGUUAUGUGAAUUUUUAACUUAUCAAUCCAAAAAACAAAUUUUUCAUAUUGUUAAUAAGGAAAGUAAAUUAAGUUCUAUUAAAGUACUUCAAAUGUUGGAAUGUAUGCAUGAAUAUCAAAAGGAUGGUAGUUAUAUUUUUAUUAGAUUAAUCUCUCUAUUACAUUUACAAGAUUGCGUAAUAAAGGCAUUUGAAUCAAAAAUAUCAAACAAUUUGCUUGUCAUUGAAUGUGAAAUUGUUAAGAUAAAUUUACAAAAAUUGUUCUAUCAAUUAUUGCAAAUAAUGAAGUCCAAUAAUAAAAAAAAAAUUAUUUUUAUUGCCCAAGAAAAUGAUCCUCUAGCUGGUAAAUUUAAAAAUAAUUUUUCUAAUUAUGAUUGGUAUAAUGAUGAAAGAAAUAAUUUAAUUGAUCUUACUUAUGAUUCUCAAAAAAAACUUCUGAAAAAAGGAAAAGCCAUAUUUCAAGGAAAGAAAGUAAGUUUAGAUCCAUUAAUAGACAAUGAGUCAAAACUGCUAAUAAAUGGAGAAAUAUUAUGUAAGAUUAUUAAUAAUGAGAUGAUAGAGAUAGGAAAAGCAAUUACAGAUUCUAUAUAUGAUGAUGUUAAGGAUUAUUAUAUUGACCGAACAUUUCAUCGGAAAGUUAAAAUUAGGAAAGAUUAUAAAAACAAAAAAAUUAAGUUUCUUGAGACCAAAAGCAGUGAAAUAAAUGAGCAAGAGCUUGUACUAUAUAAUGAUAUAUUAUUAAUUUCUAAUACAUGUGAGAUUUUUAAAGAAUUAUGUACUAAGUACAAACAACAUAAUAUUCAUUGGGUCAUAAAUGAAACUAAUGAUUUGAUAUGGAACCAAUCUUAUGGUUCUUUAUCUUCAUUACGCAAGAUUUUAGAUACAUAUGAACAAAGUGUUCAAGAGUAUAAACCAGAGAAAAUUACAGAUAUCACAGACAGAGUAAUCAUUCUUACUGCUGAACCUGGUAUGGGUAAGUCUUUUGUAUUGAAUUAUUUAGUACUAAAGACAAAAGAAUCAGACCCUUCUUUAUGGGUUAUACGGAUUAACUUAAUUGAUUGUUCAACUGAAUUAGAAAGAGAAAUAGAGAAGAACAAAAAAAUUGACGAAGCAGACGCUAUAAGAUUCUUAUACAAAGUUGUAGGGUUUAAACUCCUUAAUAAAAAAACAAAAGAAAAGAUGAUAGAAAAAAUUCUAAGUGCUAUAAACAUACAAGAUGGUAAAAUAGGUAUGAAAUUUCACGGAGAAGAAAUUCAUGUUUCAAACUUGUUAGAAAUAAGACUAUUUAAUAACUUUUAUAAUCAGGGAAGGAUUAUUUUGCUGUUUGAUGGAUUUGAUGAGAUUUGUCCUGACUAUGAAGAAAAAACUAUUGAGUUACUGCAAACUUUAAAAAACACCAAAGUUAAAAAGCUAUGGAUAACAAGUCGUUAUGCUACUAGUGUAACACUAGAAGAUAAACUUAGUGUAUUUUCAUAUUCAUUAAAGCCUUUCCUUGCAGAAGAACAGAAUAGUUUUUUUAGAAAAUUUUGGAAAGCAGAGUUGGAUUUCCGUGAAUUAGACGAGCAACGGGCACUGGUUUUUAUUAACGAAUUACAAGAUAAGCUCCCUGAAUCCAUAGAUUUUAUGAGUAUACCACUACACGCCUAUAUGAUUGCUGAAGUUUUUAAAGACGCGUUUAAGGAUUUUCAUGAUUCUAAGGAGCAAAAUAUGUCUGAUGAAUGUAAACAGAAAAUUGAAAAGCAAGACUUGGUUACUUUAUAUGAUAAGUUUUUUUAUAUUAAAUUUCGUAAAAUUCGCUUUGGAGAAAAGAAGUCUGAGAUUAACAACUCUGAGAUAGACAUGAAGAAUAUGAUUAAAGGAGUAUACGAAAACUCUAUAAAAAAUCAUAGAAUAUUAGGUUUGUAUGCAAUAUUUAACCAUAACGAAGUAGAGAAAUUAGUUUCUCCAGAAGAAAGAAAAGAGGCAUCUAAGUUUAUGAACAAUGUAAAAUUAUGUAACGAAAAAACAGGUAUUAUUGAACAAGUUGUUAAUAAUAAGCCUAGUUUCGUUCAUCGUACUUUUGCUGAAUAUUUUGUUUCUAGUUAUUUUUGGGAAAAAUUUAAAUCAGUUGAAAAAGAUUUCGAGAACUGUAUUGAAAAAUUUAUUAUUAAUAACCUAAUUAAGGACAAUAGGAUACAAAUUUCUCGGUUUCUUCAAUUAGAAGCAAAAAAAGAUUUCGAAAGUAAUAUCAAUUUACCUUUUAUGCAGGAUAAGCUGAGAAUCCUAUUUAUCAAACUUCUUGAUCAAACAAAACAAUAUGAUAAACAAUCCACUAAACUGUUAUUUGGAAUAAUUGAAUUUUCUAAUUUGAAACACGAUGAUUAUCUAGACGUUGAGGGAAAUGAUCGACUAAAAUUAUUAUGUUUAUCAGCUGAAAUGGGGUACAUAAAACUUGCCAAUGGUAUAGGAACAAAACUUACUGAAACAUAUUUAAAAAAUUGUUUAAACCGUGAUAAAUGGUUUUUCAGUCCCUUAUGGCUGGCGACUAAAAAUGCUCACAAAAACGUUGUACAAUUUCUUGUCGAAAAAUUUUCUUAUAGUGCUUAUUGGAAGGAUAAAGAUAACGCAAUUUUAAUUAAUCGUAUAAUUCAAAGGAGAAACUUUAAAGUUCUCAGGUCUUGUUUAAAAUUCAAUAUACUUAAUGGUAAACCUUAUAUUGAUGAAAAUAACAAAGAAUCUUUGCCAAUUUCUAAACUUCUUGAUUCAAAUGCCCCGCUAGAUGUGGUAAAAUUGUUGAUAGAAAAAACAGAUAGUGAUCAUUUUAAAGCAGUUCCCUCUAAUUCUUACACUAUGUUUCAUAUGAUCAUGUUUUCCCACAAAUAUGAUAAGGAAAUAACGGAGAUACUUAUAAAAAAAGGUUGUAAUUUUAGUGAAGCUAUAAAUCUUUUGAUUUUCGAAUUUAUCGGUUCGAGCCUUUGUCAUCCUAUUCAAUCACGGAGGUUGGCUUAUUAUAAUAACUCUUCUUUUUGUACUGAACAAGAAUUUUUGAGUUUAUUUGAAAAAAUCGAACUGUUACUAAAAUGUGGUAUAGGAUAUAAUUGUUUAAAUUGUAAUAACAGUUAUGUAACAACACUACAAUAUGCCGAGCAAAUAUACUACAUACAUAAGCUUUUAGAAGGAGUAUAUAAAUUACACAAACAGAAUAACGACAAAAGUAAGAGUCCAAUUGAUACGGUACUAAAAUUAAUUAUCGAUUGUAUUAGUGGGUCUUCUGACUUUGAAAGUUAUGACAUUGAUAAACCAAGUAAUAUAAAUCUAAUAUUUAGUCGUAAAUUCUAUCAUUAUUCAGAUGGUAUUUGUGAAAAUGUAUCCCUACUACCUUCUGAAUUGUUACAAGAACUAGGUUUGAAUGAGGAAAUUAACACUAAUCUUAUAGAAGACAGUUUAAAUGAAUUACGUUCUUAUAUCAGUAAUGCCGAAGAGGAAAUUGAUCAAUUUAAAACGUAUCGUGAUAGCAAGAUUUAUAACGAUAUUUUAAAUGGUUAUGAAGAAAUGUUUCAAUACUCGUAUAAUCUAUUUUCCAAUGACGAAGAGAAAGAACGAUUUAAAUCUCUUAAUCUGUUUGUAAGAAGAUUGCUUAAACGGGUAUUACAUUUGUACAUUUUCCAGGAUUAUGAAGUUGAUGAUGCAUUAGAAGAGUUAUCAGAUGAAGUAUUAAAAUUCAGUAAUAUAAUAGAUUGGCAAAAAAAAAAUGCACCUCUCAAAAAAUCUAUUAAUACUGAAAAUAUAUUAAAUAUAUUAGCUCUGAAAAGCAUAGAUACAAAUGAAAACUUACAAUAUUUUGUAUUAAAAAUCCAUGAUUCUUACGGUAUUUCAUAUUUAAAUACUGCUUGGUCGUAUUUACAUUUUAUAGGUAAGGAAAGAAUAAUGGAAAUAUUAAAACUUAUGUUCAAAUACUCGGAUCAAUCAUUAAAAGUAUUUGAAUUACUAAAGAAACUCGAUAGUUUUUAUAAAACUCUUACUGAAGCUAUUGAAAAUCAAAAUUAUGAAGAGGUAAAUAAUAUAUUACAAGAUAUAAUACCGGAUCAUUUCAUAAAGGCAAUUAUUAACGGUCAAGAUGACAAAUUUGGUUCACCAUUACACUAUGCUGCUUUUAAAGGUGAUAUAAUUACCACCCAAAUUCUUUUAAAAUAUGGAGUAAAUCCUAAUCUUAAACUAAUGGAAAAUAGUGAACUAUUAUGUACUACUGAAAAAUAUGAUCUAAUUGAUAAGACUUCAUUAGAUUUAGCAACGAAAUAUGGUCACGAAGAAGUUGCUAAGAUUUUAUUAAGUCACGGUGCUGAUGCUAACACUUAAGACUAAUGGGGAAGAACACCAUUUUGUACUUAGGUUUAUAAAGAUUUAUCAAAAAUGAAAAUAAAUUCUGUUAGAGAAAAAAGCAAAUUCUGCUGUUUAUCUCUUUCCUACACAACAAUUUUGGUAAAUGAAUACCAUACUUACAUCAUAGGCAGAAAUCGGGGGGACUAAGCCCUCAGAAAUUUAAGGUACAGCUACUUAGUACAUUACUAAAGUAUAAUGAGCAUAUAUUGCUCAGUCCUCUCCACAGUAAUUUCAUCAAAUUUCUACUUAUGGACUUGCUAUACCAAUUGAAAUUUUCAAAAACAACUUUUAAUCAUAGUAAAAUUAACUUGUUUUAAGCUUAAAAAUAUUUUUUAAAAACAUCCAAUUCUUUUUUGUUUGGAUUCUGUGGUGGUGGGAUGACCUAUGACACACUAUGCAUGAAAAGGGCAUACACCUAAAAUAAUAAAAAUCUUAAAAAAAAUGUUAUAGUUAAAUAAAUCAUAUUUUUUUAAAUAUUGUGAAAUUCAACAAAACAAUUCCUUAUCAUUCCUAAGCAUAAAAGAACUUUAUAAAUUGUACAUAUCCAUUUGGGUCUUCUCUUUUGAAUUGUAACUGUUGCACCUUCUCCUCUUUGACCUUAAUAGCUGAUGAGCUGACUGUACCAUUCCAACCUAACAAUUAUAGUCAAAAUUCUCCAACUAACAGUGUAGGUAGUGGAAUUAGUUAAUAUAUUUCAUAUUUAUUUUCAUGUACAAUUGUUGAUAUGUUUGAUGUAUAUUUAAAUAAGUUAAUAAAAUAAUAUUAUAUAAGAAACAACCUAGAACUUAAUGUAUCAUAUUUAUAUUAUAAAUAGUUAAAUUUAACUAUUUCAAUUUAUGUUAAAUUUUAUUCAAAAAUGUACUAUCUAUUUGAUAAAUAUCUCAUUGCAACUAAUUUAAAAAUUGUACGUUACUGACCAUCUUAUAAUUAAUUUUUUAAUGGGUAUUUAUUGUCUAUCAAAAAAUAAAUAAACAAGUAUACAAAAAAAUUUUAAAUAUUCUUAUUUAGGCUGUAAUUUUAAGAAUUUUCAUGGAUUAUUAAUUAUUAUUAAAUAAUACUAGUGACCUACACCCUAUGUAAUAUACCAGUGUACCUAUAUUAUAAUCUAGUCUGUUUAUUUAUCUAUUCCAUUUUUGAUGUACUUCUUUAUAUUAUAUUUAUUUAUUGCAAUUUUUGUUUUAAUUACUAUAGUUCUAAUUAACAAUUAGUUCUACAGGUAUGUCUAUUUAUGUUUUUGUAUUAUAGUCAGACGUGAUACAAUUUUUACGAAAUAUCUAAAAUAUUAUAAAAUUUAUAAAUGUAUACCAACUUGGCUCUUAAUAGUACUCCAGUACUCCACCAUCACCGAUAAUAGAUUAUCCUCAGUGGUGAGACGAACCAUCUAACCAUGUUAUAUAUAUAUAAUCAUU